CUUUGCUCUUAAGACUAAGGGGAAUAAGUGAAAUUAAUCCAAAUCAGCGAAUAGGGAGCUUUGCAAAGAUUCCUCCAAUGAGGCUCGAUUUGAACAGUCUCGUCGUCUUUCGCCUCGAAUCGAAAUCAAUUAGGGCAUGAUUUUGAAACUUCACCCUUGAAGAAAGUGCAGGUCUUCCGCGUUCGGGGCACUUUUCAUGCGCCAGCGAUUGUGGUCAAAAUGGGGAGUGCGCCCCAAAAAGCUCAAUGUAUGUAAAUAGCCACUUUAUCAGCGGCAAACAGCACCGCGCGUAUGAACGUUAUAUCAACGGUAACCUUUGCAUCGAUUAGAACUGGACGCGUUUCCAUUAGCAAACAAAAUGUGUUUGUGUGCUCUUGUUCUGAUCGGCUGUCCAUUGCCAAUAGAACUGCUUUCAUGGUGAUCAGUUUCCGGUAAAACUCGCCAACAUGAACUUGUCGGCGAUCCGUCUAGUGACGUUCGACGUUACGGGGACGCUUUUGAAAUUACGGACGGCGCCCGCUCAGCAGUAUGGAGAAAUCGGGGCCAUGUACGGCGUGGUGGCCGAGAACAGCAUUCUGAGCAGAAGUUUCAAGGAGCAGUGGAAACGAAUGAACGCCGAACACCCGAACUUCGGCCUCUACACCGGCCUGGGGUGGCAGAACUGGUGGAAAACUGUGGUCAAGGAAACGUUUAAAACCUCCAAGUUUCGUUUCGAUGAGGCCAAGCUGGAGAAGAUCGCCUGCCAUCUGCUGGAGAUGUACAAGACGACCGCCUGCUGGCAGCACUGCUACGGGGUUCCCAACAUUCUGUCCUACAUCAGAAGCAAGAAUAUCCCCAUGGGGGUGAUCAGCAAUUACGACCCCCGAUUGGAUGCCAUUCUGGUCAACACCAAGCUGAAGCAUUACUUCAAAUUCGUGCUCACGUCCUACCAGGUGGGGGUUCAUAAGCCGGACCGCCGGAUCUUCGAUCUGGCUCGCAAGGAAGCGGGCUCGGAGGAUCUGAAGCCCGAGCAGUGUCUUCACAUCGGGGAUCAGCCCUACUUGGACUACGUGGCGGCGAAAAAUUGCGGCUGGCAGGCCUUUGUGAUCAGCGACAAAGACUACAAAGUCCUGCAUGAAAUAUGUCCUCAACUGCAACCCUCCCAUUGUUUCGGGAGCGCUUACCAGCUGCACGUGAACCUGCUGAAGAACUCCGGUGAUAAACUACCCACCACUGAGCAGGAGCACAUCUAGUCAACUGAUUGCAACACUCUUUUUUUGUGUGUCUUUAUUACAUUUAGUACAUAUUAUUGAAUCA